AUGUCUUUCGUACAUUUGAUUUAUGCAUAUUUCAUUGGUGGUAUCACAUUCAUUCCUUUCCUUAUUUUCCUAUUUAUUUACCUCCAUCCCAAGCAAGAUGCUACUGCGGCGAAAACAGAAUGUGAAUCAUUGAAAGCGGGGGAGAUAGAAGAGAAAGCACAAUCGGGGUUGGAAGCUUUCAAACAAGGCUGGAUCACUUUAACUCACGAAUAUCUGGAGUCCUUGGAUCACAUUUCCUCGAAAACCCAACCGGUUACGGAAUCUCUGGAGGCAAAGUCGGCUUAUGCUUCACUAUAUAAGUUAGUGAAGAAUUCCAGCUCCAAGUCUUCCCUUCCUUCCGACACUUCUAUCAUUGAUGGUACAGACGAAUUGGAUACAACGGCUUUAAGCCCGGUCCCCAGCGGUCUGAAACCCGUAAUCAAAUCAUCCGGAAGUAAAAAGCAUCGAUAUUUUGCCGUCCUAAAGCAUGGCAAUUUGUUUUUGUACAACAACGAGAAGAUGAAGAAUGUGAAACAUGUUAUUGUCCUCUCGAACUACAUUGUGGCUAUUUGGCCACGGGAUUUGAGCGACGGUGCAUUGUUCACUAAAUACUCAUCCAUUGCAAUUUUAAAGAAGGACUGGUCACGGUCUCGGAGAUUGUCUGAGAAUGAGCUGGAUCUAGAUUUGGAAUGGUCAAAUGACACUAAGAUUACUAUAAACGAUGUGUUGGACCCACAAAGUAAACUACCGGCUCCUCCAGGCUCGUUUUUCAUGUAUACGGACGUGAACUGCGAUAAAGAAGAUUGGUAUUUUGCAUUGAUCAGGGCAACAAAGUUAGACAAGCCCGAGAAACUGGAUGAAUUGAACCCGAACAUUCAAGCUAAAACACUUCAUUUCGAGACAAAAAAUAUGGUCAAUCUCAUUCAAAAGCUCUAUAGUUCAGAAGGCCAAUUACAAGUCAAAUGGUUCAAUGCUCUAAUUGGUCGCUUGUUUCUUUCUCUUCGAGGAACAGACUUCAUGAACCAGUACCUUGUUUCGCGUGUUGAGAAGAAAUUGAAUAAAAUCAAAAUGCCAGGAUUUUUCGAUAAGUUUCAGAUUAUCGAAGUCCGACCUGGAAAUGGGGCUCCUCUCCUCACAUUUCCUACUUUGAAAGAAAUAAACCCAGAAGGAGACUUGGUUGUUUCCUUUUACAUGCAUUACUUUGGUGGAAUGUCUAUUCAAAUUGCUACAAAAAUGAACAUUAACCUCGGUGCCCGAUUUAAAAACCGUGAAGUGGAUGUACUAUUAUCCAUGACGUUAGAGAAAAUCCAAGGACCCAUGCUUUUAAAAAUUAAAGAACCCCCCUCUGCGAGACUCUGGUAUACAUUUGAGCAAGAACCAACCAUGUCGGUUAAAAUAGAACCCGUGAUAAGUUCACGACAAAUGUCCUAUAACAUCAUCACUAACUCCAUCGAGAAGAAACUUAAGGAAGCUGUUAAGGAAUCUCUAGUAUUACCCCAUUGGGAUGAUAUGACCUUUUAUGACACUAAAGGAGAAGUGUAUAGAGGUGGGAUCUGGGAUAAGGAAGCUAGGAGAUCUAAUUCUUCUCAACUGGGGUCUGAAGUAAGUUUAGAUGCAAACGGAGAUAAAGAGGGGCAUGUACACGACGAUGUAUCGCUGAUAGCUGUUUCUGUUGAAGAUGAAGAACAUCCUUCAGCAAGAUCAACUGCAUUGUUUUCAGGAAGCGAAAACGGAAAUGGAAGGACACAGAAGCAGAAACUCACCAGUACUUUCAGCGAUUUGUCUAAGCGGUUGCGCAAAGCGAAGUCAACGCAUACUUUAAGUGUGGACGAGACCAACUGUCUUUCAGACGGAUCAUUGGAACGCAAGCCAGAUAUGUCAACCGAGACGCCGGAUUCCCAAUACUCUAGUCUCAAAAACUCUACUCUUAAAAAGAUCGGUACUUGGUAUUCCAAAGAUUCAAAACCUUCCGAUUUGGAUCUGCUGAACUACACUCCUCCUCAAAUGAUUUCGAAUCGUCGGCAAAACCGCAAGUCUAUAUCGACUUUAACAUCUGAUCCUGACCAUCCUGUAGGACAGAUGCACGAGCCAGAAGCUUUUGUUUACGAUUUUGGGUCUGAAAUGAAAGACUCUGGAAUUAUUCCAAAGAGUCUUGAAACAAAUAUUGAUGAUCGCCGCUCGGCUUCGGAUCAUUAUAUGAACCCAAAUGAGGUCGCUAUGCUUGACGAAGAGCCUAACGUUGCGAAUUCAUUACUUUCGACUACAAGCCUGGACAGUCCCCCACACAGAAAACAGGGAACAUUACACAGAAAACCGCCGCCUGACCCCUGA